AUAUUUGGAGGAGGCGGGGUCUUGAUCUCAUCUGCCUUCCCUUUCUUGGAGCCACGGUCGAGCAGAACACACACUUUCAGGAGAUCUUUGGAGCCCCGUCUGCGAACCUCUACGACAGAAUGGUCAAGUAAACCGGGCAUUUGUGCACCGUCCUCAGGUCGAAAGACCCCGGUGGACUACGGUGUCCAGGUUCGCUUCGUUGAUGAAUACCUGCACAGUGGUCCUGGAAAACCUGUACCCCAACCCAAAUAUGGCGUGGCAGUCAGGGUGCAGGGUAUCGCAGGUCAGCCCUAUGUGGUCCUGAAGGACGGACAAAAAGGAGAUUCAUAUGGGGUUCAGCUCAAGACUCAUUACUCACCGGGCUACAACAGCCUUCCAAGGAACAGAGAGUCGGAAACUCAGGUGGUGGAUGCAGGAGGAGGAGGAGGUGGAAGAGACCAGGGAGGAGCUCUACGUCGGGCCCAGUCCCACGGGUCACUGCUGGACAGGGAUGGAGAGGGAGGAUACGAGGACUUUCACCUGUCCAGGCCGCCCGGGGAUGGAAAGUCUGGUAGUUAUGGAAACCUAGACGGUGGAAUAGGACUAAGAGCAGAGAGAGAUCAGACUCAGCGGGUCAGUGGUAGAGAUGGGAGCAUGCAGAGGAAUAUGUGGGGUGGGUCACAUCAGACGGGUCUAAAUGGGACGCUGCAGCCAGGGAAGAAGAGUCAUUCCCACCAGGACCCUCCUCACCAAACAAACGAGUUUCAGUCCAACCAGAGGCAGACGAACGUGAGCAGACAAGUGAACCGGUUUGAUGGAGGCCAAACUGUGGACCAGCGGAGACCACCUGCACCUGAGCACUCUGCUAAUCAGCGCACUUCGCCGGGGAGAUAUCCGUCUGCAGCGGCACCGCAGGCCAGUCUGUCUGAGGCACAAGUGACCCCUGACCUUUUGCUGGACCAGGGUCAAAGUGCAGAGAUGAGCAGUGAGGAGGAGCAGCUGAUGCAGAAUGUGUACAACAUUUUGAAGCAAGGAACAAAGGAGAACGACGUUGUCAUCAGGCACAAAGUUAAGCUCAUCCUUCAAAGAAUUGAGAAGAACACAAAGCCCAAAGAUGAGUGGAUGAGAGAAAAGAGAGAACUGGAGAGAAACAUUGUUGAGCUACAAACCGCUUUGAGAGCAGGACGAGGGCACUCUGAUGCCACUCUGAAAGAUGAGCUGGAGUCCUGUCUGGAUGAAAACCUGCAACUCAGGGAGAUGGUUGACCGGAAGAAGACGGAGUUGAAUGAAACACAAUCAGAGCUGACUCAGCUGCGCAUGGAGAGGGAGAACGCCGAGGCUCGGGCCAGAGCGAUGGAGGACCAGCUGGCCGGGCUUCAAGAUGAACUGAGAAGAGAAAACGGCAGCAAGACGGAUCUGAUGUCCUGUCAGACUCAGCUGAUGGAGGUGUGCCAGCUGAAACACAAGCUGGAGGAGACGCUGAGGCAGAAGGAGAGGGAGCUCACGGCUCUGAAAGGAGCACUGAAGGAUGAGGUGGCCACACACGACAAGGAGAUCGAGGUUCUGAGGGAGCAGUACAGAGUCGACAUGGAGAAGCUGCGCAGCAGCAUGGAGCAGGUGUCAGAGUCUCAUGCAGGAAUAGAAGCAGAGCGGUUACGUGUCAACGCAUCAGUUCGGACCCUGCAGCAGCAGUUGGAGGACUGCAGAGACGAGAGCAGCCACUGGAUGGAGCAGUUUCAUGCCACCAGGGAUGAACUUCGAACAACUAAACAGGAUCUGCUGCAAACUCGGCUGGAAAAAGAGGAGUUUGAGGAGGAACUGAAGGAGCUGCAGGAAAGAGUCAGCACCAUGAAGCAACAGACCAUCGACCACAGUCAAACACAAGCCUUAAACCAGGAGCUGCAGCGAAACACUGCUGAUUUACAGAAGUCAAAAUCUGAGCUGGAGAAACAAAGAACCGAGUUUGACAAGAAGGUCAUGGAGGUUAUCGCCCUGAAAAAAUCUCACCAAGAACAAGAGGCGGAAUUGAAGUAUGAGAUUGACAGGCUGAAGGGCCAGUUACAGCGGGCUAAAGAUGACUACGCCAGAGCUCAGGAGAAAAACAAGAAGCUCCCAGACCCAGCCACUGUGUCAGAGCUGGAGAAGAAGCUCGACGACACACGAACUGAAAUCACUCAGCUCAAGGAGAAUUUGGUGCUGACGGAAAUCAAACUAGAGGAGAGUAAAAUGAAUCUGAACAAAACUCAGAUGGAACUGGCCUCACUGGAAGAAUCCCAGCAGGAACAGAAAAACGCAAACGUUCGUCUCAAGGAUAAAGUCUCGCGACUCGAGGCCCAGCUGCAGACCAGCGCCACGGAGAGCUCGGAGGUGGAGCUGAACCUGCACUCCGAGGUGAGAAGCCUGAGAUCGGAGCUCGAUGAGGCCAACAGAAAAGUCUCCAGACUGAACCAAGAGCAUCGAGAACUCACCGUACGCCUGCAGGAUGUAGAGAAAGAAAAGCAGACGCUUCUCGAGAACGUCACCCAGCUGGAGGACACGAAGCGUCGCCAGGAGAGAUCUCUGGACAAACUUAACAAAGAGUUUGAAACUCUGACCAAGUCGUCUGCAGAGGAGGCCCAAACUCUGAAGGCUCAACUGGAGGAGCAAAAGGAGAAGGCGCGUAAGGAAAUACAGGAGGUUCAGCGUCAUGGAACUGACGCUCAGACCGAGCUGGAACGACGUAGCGUCAGUGUAAAAAGACUGGAGGAAGAAGUUGCACGGCAGAAAAAAGAGCUCCUGGUGGUGUCUGAGGAAAGAGACAACCAUCAGUUGGAUAAAGAACUUCUUUCCAAUAGAUUGCGCCACCUGGAGGGAGAGUUAGAAACCAGCAAAAACAGUUACAAUGAGAAAACGAGGGAGAUUCGCAUUCUGGAGGACAAGCUGAAGCGCAUAGAGCUGGAGCUGGAGGAGGAGAAAAACAGCGUGGAGAUGCUGAGUGACCGUGUGUCCAGGAGCAGGGACCAGAUCGACCAGCUGCGCUCUGAACUCAUGCAGGAGAGGUCUUCAAAACAGGACCUGGAGCUGGACAAGAACACCAUGGAGAGACACCUGAAGGAGCUGAGGACUCGUGUGGUCGACAUGGAGGGUCAGACUCGUUCCUCGGCAGGAGUCUCGCAGCUGGAAAACAAGAUCCUGGAGCUGGAAGAACGAUUACGCAGUGAGGAAAGAGAGAAAAACACCGUGGUGGCGUCUCAGCGUCGUCUGGAGAGGAAACUCAAAGACCUCAAUCUGACACUGGACGAAGAGAGACAGUCACAUACUGAACAGAGAGACCAGUUUGCUCUGAGAGUGAAGGCUCUGAAGAGGCAGGUGGACGAGAGCGAGACGGAGCUGGAACGACUGGACGGCCUGAGAAGAAAAGCUCAGAGAGACAUGGAGGAGCAGAUGGAGACUAAAGAGGCCUUACAGUCCAGGAUCGCCGCCCUGGAGGCUGAGCUGAAGAGGAAGACUCAAGCGGCUAAGCGCUCAGCCUUGGACUCCUCUGCCCUGAGCUCAGACGACGACGACGACAGCCUGUACGACCAGACCUCCAUCACCUCCAUCCUCACAGAGAGCAACCUCCAGACCAGCUCCUGUUGAAGCCGCGGAGGUUCGACACCACUGUCAGGUAACACAGUAACUGUAACUGUAACUGAGUGGGGACUGAGUGAAAUCUACGCACCGCACGUUAAUGUCGCCGACGUUUUCCCGCAGUCGAGGGAGGUGUAGAAUUUUCCACACUCGAGUGAAUAGAAGGAAGCAACACAUCCUCUUCAUUUCAGGGAAUCCACCCGCUCCACACUGCACUGUGGUCAUAUGGUAGACUGGGGUCAAGUCCUGCAGCACUGACACUUACUGACAGUCACCCGCUGUGACCUUUCCCAGGUCAAGACCUGUGCUGACGGAACAAGUUUUGACUUUGACAUUUGGGUUCUUCUUAAACAUUCCUGUGUAGUUUACAGUCACACACACUGAGUCUUAAAGAGAGUUAGUAGAGACCUAGUAUGACCUAAAGGGACUAAAUACAGACUGUGAUUCAACACUACAAACCCACAGAGUUUUCUACACAGUAAUACACAUAACCAGAUGUAGUAUUUGAAGUACUGUCAAUGAUUCUUGUUCAACGAAUUAUGCAUUUUGGUCUACUGAAAACUAUACAUGUAUGUAAGUAUUUUUGUAUAUAAUUUG